AUGUCGAAUCGUACGAGCGUCGGAGGUUGGCUAGUGGGGAAGACGAAGACAGUGCGGAAGGGCGGAGUGACGCCAGCCUCAGCACACAAUACGCGAUCAAAUACACCACAGGUCCAAAGCACUUCCACGACAGUUUUUGGAGGUGGUGUAAAAGAUGCGUCAGGAAGGACCACCGAAUUCUUUUCCAUGGAUGACCAGUGUCCCGUUUGUAGAUCUGACAGAUACCUCAACCCGAAACUUCGGUUGCUUGUAAGCUCCUGCUAUCACAAGAUGUGCGAAUCGUGCAUCGAUCGUUUGUUCACGCUAGGUCCUGCACCCUGUCCAAUAUGCCAAAAAGUCCUCAGGAAAUUGGCAUUCACGCCGCAAACCUUCGAGGACCUUACGGUUGAAAAGGAAGUCGCAGUCCGGAGGCGAAUUGCCAAAGAAUUCAACAAGCGUCGGGAAGAUUUCCCGGACCUACGUUCUUACAACGACUACUUAGAGGAAGUUGAGGAUAUCACCUUCAACCUUAUCAACGAGGUUAACAUCCCCGAAACAGAGGCACGGAUUGAAGCAUAUCGUAGAGAGAAUGCAGCGCUUAUCGAACUUAAUGUACGACGAGACGAGCAGUAUUCUCAAGAGCUGAAGCAACAAGAAGAGCAAGAACGACUAGAACGGGAACAACGCGCUCAGGAAGCGCGGAGGUUGGAAGAACUUGAGCGCGAAGAAAAGGAGAAGGGCCGACGAGAGAUUAUCGACCGGUUGGAAACCAGUACCAAAGAUGCUGCCGAAAUCAUAGCGAAGUCGCGGGCUGAGGCCACUAAACGCGCUGCUUCUCGCGCUGCUGCUACUACCACGUUCAAAAGUAGUGCACAGCUACUGCGCUCGCGCGCCGCACAAAGCACUACUAUCCCCGAUGUGCCACAUGUCCCUUUGCAAGAUGAUUGGUAUGCGUAUGGGGAUAUGUAUACAAGGUUGGAUCACUACGACGAUAUGUACAGUGAAGCUGUCCGACAAGACCAGGAGGGGAUUAUGAAAGCUGGAGGGUACAAGGUAGAGGAAGCAUGGGAAAGGGCGUUGAGGUCGGCAGUCACUGCCCUAUUCCUGCCUCCACUCUCUGAUCCGGAGAACUCACUGACGAGUGCAACAUUCCUCCAACCGAAAAAUGAUGUAGUUCCAACUGAGCUGUAG